CGUCGACACCCCACUUCACAAUGGCGCAAGAAUACAAGCUCAAGGGCAUUACCUCUCUCAACCUCCAACCCGGCGAGAAGCAGGAGGUCGAGGUUGAGGGUUUGGAUGCAAAGGUCCUCCUUCUCAACGCCGCCGGCAAGACCCAGGCCAUUGGCCCUCGAUGCACUCACUACGGUGCCCCCUUGGCCAAGGGUGUCCUGGGCCACAACGGAAAGCUGACUUGCCCCUGGCACGGAGCCUGCUUCAACACCACGACGGGCGAUAUUGAAAACGCCCCUGCCCUCGAUGCUCUCCCUGUCUUCAAGGCCACCGAACGCGACGGCGCCGUCUACAUCACGGGUGAUGCCGAGACCAUCAAGGCCGGCCAUCGCAAGCCCAAGAUCAAGUGCAAGGUUGCCGGAGCUCCUCUAUCCGACAGAGUGGUUGUUGUCGGUGGUGGUUCCGGUGCUCUCGGCGCCGUGGAAGGAUUGCGUGAGCUAGGCUUCUCCGGCCCCAUCACCGUCGUCACCAACGAGGGCUACUUGCCCAUUGACCGCCCCAAGCUCAGCAAGACGCUCAUGACCGAUCUCAACAAGCUACAAUGGCGCGAUGCCGAAUGGUUCAAGACCGGAGACAUUGACUUUGUCCAGGACGAGGUAGUCGGUGUCGAUUUUGGGGGCAAGACAGUCAAGACUAAGUCCGGUCAACAACUCCCUUACUCUAGACUGGUCCUUGCCACUGGCGGCACCCCCAAGCUCCUGCCUCUUCAAGGCUUCCAGGUCUUGGGCAACAUCUUCACUCUGCGCAAUGUCCACGACGCCAAGAACAUCAAAGAGGCGAUUGGCGAGAAGAAGGGCAAGAAGAUUGUCAUUAUCGGCUCUUCCUUUAUCGGCAUGGAGAUCGCUGCUUGCACGUCUGACGGAAAUGAUGUGGCAAUUAUCGGAAUGGAAAAGGAACCAUUGGAGCGCGUGCUAGGGGAGCGCGUGGGCGCCAUUGUCAGGAAGAACAUUGAGUCCAAGGGUGUCAAGUUCUACAUGUCGGCCGGCGUCGACAAGGCCGAGCCAUCAGCAGCCGACCCGUCCAAGGUUGGUUCAGUCCAUCUCAAGGACGGAACCAAGCUUGAUGCCGACAUGGUCAUUCUGGGCGUCGGCGUUUCGCCAGCUACCGAGUACCUCAAGGAAAACAGCGUGGUCCGCCUUGAGGAUGACGGCAGCUUGAAGGUCGACGAGAGCUUUUCGGUGGUUGGACUCAAGGAUGUGUACGCCAUUGGCGACAUUGCCUCCUACCCCUACCAUGGCCCCGGUGGUGACGGCAAGUACGUCCGCAUUGAGCAUUACAACGUCGCCCAGAACGCUGGCCGUACAGUGGCCAACCAUAUCGUGCACCCCAACCUGAAGCCCGAGUUCUUCACCCCGGUGUUCUGGAGCGCGCUUGGUGCACAGCUUCGGUACUGCGGAAAUUCGAACCACGGAUGGGAUGACCUUGUUCUCCAGGGCGAGCCUGACCAGGGCAAGUGGGUGGCUUAUUACACCAAGGGAGAGACGGUUGUGGCCAUGGCAAGUAUGGGCAAGGAUCCCGCCAUGGCUCAGUGUGCCCAGAUGAUGCAGCUCAACAAGAUGCCGACCAAGUCGCAGCUGAAGGAUGGAUUGGAUAUCCUCAGCCUCGGUCCUCCUCAGUAAACCGAUACUUCGUGGAGAUACUUCGAGGGGAAAGGAGGGGAUCUAAGUAAUGACUGAUUAUGUUGUGAUGAUGAUUUACUACGUUCACAAGGCAGGCUACUCUAAUACAUGAGAUUCAAUACAUGAUUCCAUUUA